CUCAUCGCAGGGCGGCGAUGACGACAGCUGCCGGCGACUCAUCCGACUCUGAUGACCACGAGCUCCCCGAAAAAGAACCCGAGUUCAUCAUCCACAUCGUGGACGAUCACCGUCCGCCGGCCCCACCCCGCCAGAUGCACAGGCCGCCGGCGGCUGUCGCCCACCUCCCGCCGGCGGCUGUCGCCCACCUCCCGCCGGCGGCUUAUCAGCUCGACGGCGGCGGCAACGAUGGCCCCAAGGAGUGCACGUGUUCCUUCUUCAUCAAGCUUGUCCACUUCCUUGUGGUGAUGAUCAUGGCGGUGCUUUCGGCGACCCAUGCUGCGCGCCUGCCGGAGGAGUACAGGACAGGCGGCGAUCGUGUUCUAUUACUUGCGGCCCCGAUCGUCAUUGGGGUUCUCGCCUGCUCGUGGAUUCUGCUCACUUUCUUCGAUAGAGAGUUGAGUCCUUGUUUAGAUGUAUAAAGUUUUGGAUG